AUGAGUCACACGAUUCUCCUGCUCCAGCCAACAGACAACAUCGAGUCAAGAUCCUGGUCGGAUUACGAGACGACUAACGACUGCCUCGACGGUAUGCAUUUCUCUACUCUUUCAUCGUUUAUAUUCGACUGCUUCAGGGAUCUGCAAAGUGUACGAAGAGUAUCUGAAGAAGAAGACGCCCGCGAAAUCGACCAUCACCUACGACAUCACCAAUCUGUUUGAGUUUGUCGACGAUCUCAAAGAUCUUUCGAUGCUCGUCUUCGACACUGUGAGAUACUUAACUGAAUUUUUCUUUUCUAAUGCAGCAUGUUGUUUUUUUUAAGAACACGUUCACGUACGUGCCCCGUAACAAGCAGUUCGUCAAGGAAAGUAUUUUCAAGUUGAUGCAAGGGCGUCUCAACGAACAACAGUGA